UUAAUAUAUGUUUAUAUUAAUAAUUACGCAAUGAAAUUCCACGUACGAAACGAGUGCAAGCUGAGAAAAUAUGAAUACCAGAAAAAAUAAAGAAAACGGUGAAAGGGGAGGAAAAAAUAAAAAUAACGAAGAAUUUUUCCUGGUGUUUGGGGGAUGCUGGAUACGGUGGACACAUGCGCGAAAAUAGUCGAGUCAAUCUGACAUCGGGUUGUGCUCGGUAUAGCUGCAGUAUAGGUGAGGCCACCUCCUCUACACCAGGAAUAAAAGUUGGAUAACGGGGUGAGGGCAAAGUAUUCGCUCCACCGUCAGUAUCCACGGAUACGUUGAACCACCUUUAUCUACGUACCCCAGCAUCGACGAUAACCGCGCGCACACUCGUUAGAGAAACGCGAAAUUAUACCGAUCAGUUUGUAGACUGAUCCAUACGGCACUCAGACGUUCCUGAGACAAUUUUUUUUCGUUGCCAAUCGGCAAUUCGAUAUAUUCCAUAUACACAAGGCCAGCCCCCGCACCCGGAUCUUCCUCAAAGUCAUUUAUCAAAUUCCAGUCGAGUCCAGACGAAAAAUCUCAUCUCUGUUUAUUGAGCGGUCCUGGCAAAAUGAUUAUCGCAUUGUGCAUCAUCGGCGUCCUCUCCUCGGCGAGACUCACUCUCCAGGCAUCUGCGCCAGCGAGUCCUUACUACGUGGGUGCAACGGUCGAGUAUUAUGGUGUAAUGACUGGAGAAAAUUUAACAGCAAUUGCCAAUGAGAAUGCCAAAAAUUUCAUUAAAAUAUUGAAGACAGCAAGUGAGAAUGACGUCGACAUAAUCGUCUUCCCGGAGACGGGGCUGACGGGUGAUCAGAAAUACCCGCCGGAGGAACGUGAAAAAUACAUCCCCCACAGCUCAUUCAUUCCACACCCAAAGGAGGGAAAAGUGCCAUGUCACGACCAGUCAACCCCGGUGAUGGAGUGCCUGAAGGCCAUAUCGUGCGCAGCAAAUCGUUUCAAAAUGUACAUAGCUGUGAACAUAAGGGAGAAGGAGAAGUGCACGGGUGAACGAUGCUCCAAGGACGGUAUCAAUCUUUAUAACACAAACGUUGUGUUCGAUCGGUCUGGUGCUGUUGUUGCUAGAUACAGAAAGUACAAUUUGUUCGGUGAAUCGUCCCUCAACAGAACAGCUAAACCAGAGAUGACGACAUUCAAGACAGACUUUGAUGUUACAUUUGGACUGAUAAUCUGCUUCGACAUGUUGUUCGAGACACCGACACUCCGAAUUAUCCGUGAGCAAAAGGUCCGGGACAUUUUGUUCUCCAGCCACUGGUUCUCAGAGCUGCCUUUCCUCACCUCCAGUGCCAUCCAGACCGCCUGGUCCUGGAGCAAUGAUGUCAAUCUUUUGGCAUCUGGAUAUGAUAACCCAGCGACUGGCAGCGGAGGCAGUGGAAUAUACGCUGGCAAGAGUGGUGUUCUCAAGAGGGUCUGGCCUGAAAAACGAACCAAUGCCCUUAUUAUUGCUCAGGUACCCAAGGUCAUUGAUGGUAACCGAGGAUCCAUCACUCCUGGGAGUAUCGUCAUUCCACCCAAUAGUGCUGUACCCACUAUCAAUGGCUCUGAGCCUGUCCCAGAGAUGAAACUAAUCAGUGAUUAUCUCCUGCCUUAUACCACUAAGAUGUUUGUACCUGUUAAUGGAACCUCCAAUGUUACCCUCUGCGAUCAUGGAUUGUGCUGCCAAUUUAUCGCUGAUACUGCUCACAAUGUAGAGCUUAUUAAAGAGCCCAAUGUUCGGUACUACAGAUAUCGUUUCGCUGUUUUCAACGGCGUUCGCUCAUUCUCCGGAAAAGGAACAGGAGGAAUCGAGGUCUGCGGAUUAAUUUCCUGCACCGGCGAGACCGUGGAGAGUUGCUCUGUCCGUUUUGACACCAACGGAAUACUCGUCCACCCGACAACCUUCAAUUCCCUGAGCAUAUCCGGAGACUUCAAGACAUUGCCCAACAACCUCUACCUCCCAAUUACCCAGAACGACGAGAUCACACCUCUGAACGUCACAGACUUCUCCUUCGCCAUGAAGAUCAUCAACAAAACUCACACAAAUCUCAAGUUCAACCUGAUAAAACCCAGGAGCGAUCUGAUGACCUUCACCAUUUAUGGUAGGAAUUUCUCAGCUGAUGGACAGCCCCAGACGAUGGGAUCUGGAGCAGAACGCGUAUACUUCUUCUCCAUGAUGCUGAUUAUUCUCGUCCUCAUCGGCAUGAGCAGCGAAACACUCUUCCUGGGAGACCCUGCGGUAAUCCCCAAAGACGUCGUGAUGAGUGGAAUUGCCAUCACCUACCCUCGAACAAAAAUAAACGGCACAUCACGGUAUAAAUCAGUAGCGAAGAGGCGAUUAAUCGAUCUAGGUAAUUAUAUCACUAUUUAGCUGAAUUAUUGAUUACGUGAUUAUUCGAUGAAUAUCUCCGAAUGUAAGGGAUGGGGCGAAAUUUUUGUUGGAAUCUUUUUUAAUGAUAUAAAUGACAGCUACAAAAAAGGUAUCUAUCAAAAUUUUGGUAUCUACGUUCGAGGAGAUAUUUCUCGAGGCUGCCUGUCGGCUGAAUUGGCUUGUUACCUUCUACCUCUUUGCUACUGAAAUAAACGUUUAUAUGUUUUCAAGGUAUAAAACUUGUUGAGAAUAAUGAAAAAGGUGGGAGUGAGGAAGUGGUGGGGCAGGAUCCUCUGAUUCAAUGUUUUUUCCUGCUUGAUCACUUCAGAAAAUAAUGAAAAGGAAUCGGUUGUCCGCAGCCCACUCCAAUUAAAUGCUUUUCCUCUUUAUCGUAGAUUGAAAGAACACGCUGACCUUCAUUAUUACACACUAAAGGUGCCAAAAGGUAAUUAGUGUUGAUGAUUAACGCUUCGUUAUAGAUUUCUUAGUCUCCCGGGACUAAAAGUUGUUAUUUCAAAGUUUAAAAAAUAAUAGUCCAUGAUCUUCAAUUAGUGGAUUAGUAUUUUUAUUUUUUGUUGUGUCAAUGCAUUGAGUUAUUCCGUGAAAUCGUUUAAAACGUCAGACGGUACAAUUUCCAUAAGAUUAUACUUUUAAACUUUGAAAAUAAUGUGAGAAAGUAAAAGUGCAUUUCCGUAGUUUAUGAUCGUCACAAUUCGUCGCCUAUUGCCCAGAUCUGCUAGCUCACGAGGUAUUCAAGUAUUUUCCAUGAGAAACUAGUUCCUCACGUGUGCCGCUUAAUAAUAAACCAAAAUAAUCUAGUUAUAAAA